AUGAUGUGCGAUGCAGUUGAGGAAUGGGGAUUGAUCCGACUUGUUAAUCAUGGGAUUUCUACUGAGUGGUUGAACAUGAAAGAGAUUGAAAAAACAAAACACUCAAUGCUUAUGGGUACAAAAAGAGUCCAUUUAAAUUAUUAUCCAAAAUAUCUCCAACUUGAGCUUGCUAUUGGCAUAGGCCGUCACUCCGACUCAUCAACUGUUACUAUACUUCAUCUGAUAGGAGGUUUUUGGGGUCGGAAAUCAGAAAGUGAUCCAUGGAUACAUGUUGCUUUAAUAAAUGGAGCCUUAGUGAUAAAUGUUGGUGAUGCUCUAGAAAUUAUGAGCAAUGGGCGCUACAAGAAUUUCGAGUAUUUUGUGACUGUUAGUAAAAGUCACAAUAGGAUUUCGGUGCUAUUUUUUACAAGUCCAACACCUUGUGCAAUUAUCAGACCUUUUGAAGAAGUGCUUGAGAGCACCGGAGAAUAA